AUGGUGUGCCUCCGGGAGGAGCCCGGCUGGUUCGGGCAGAUCGGCCGCCUGGCCUCUGCGGUGGCGGGCCGCGGCGUGAAGGAGGAGAUGGAGUGCAAGGCCGACCCCCUGGACGGCGUGCACUGGAAGUCUUUCGACCUCGCGGACGCCAUGGAGGCUGGCCUCGCGGCGGAGAUCACCACCAGCUUCACGGCGGCCCCUCCUCCUGGCAGGGGUGCUUCCCGCCUGGUGGUGGAGCGGUCCAUUGACCGCAUGCAGCACCUCCUGAGGGGAGAGAACGACGAGCCGCUGCUGCUGGCGAUCUGCGACGAGCAGGACCCGUCGAGGAUCCACUUCUACGUGCCGACGGGCGGCGACCCGCCCCUGGCCCUGGGCCCCGCCUUCACGCUCGCGGCCGAGGACGACGACCAGAGCUCCUGGACGCUCACCACGGACCGCUGCGAGUGCUGCGAGUUCUUGCCCGCGCCGCGCGGGUGCUGCUCCCCGGGGGACAGGCGAGGCUGCAGGCGGGAGCUCGCCCGCAUCUACCACACGCGGGAGGACUUCGGGCAGUGCAGCAUGAUCUCCAUGGAGGUGGAGUUGCCGGCGCUGCAGCCGGACAACUCGCCGAGCCUCUGGUGCGACAGCUCCGGGGGCGCAGAGGGGAAGCAGAGGCUGCUCCUGGAGUCGAGGAGGCCGUCCUGGAACGCCCGCCUGAAGAGCCUGAUCCUGGACUUCCACGGGCGCUGCUCCGAGGCCUCCAUUCAGAACGUCCAGCUGGACCUGGUGACGGGCGACGAGUUCGAGGACGACCCCCCAAAGAAGGGAGAGCCCGAGCUUCUGUUCGGCAAGACCGGGCUGGGCACCUUCGUGCUGGAUUACAAGCACCCCCUUGGGACGGUGCAGGCGUUCGCGAUCGCGCUCACAACAAACAUGUGGCGCUAG